AUGGAGCCUCAAGUGAAGGAGUCGCUGGACGCGCUCCAGAACCUCUUCAACGAUGUGCUCAUCCAGACGGGGAAAGCGCUUCGUGCGCAACACCGAGAGGCCCAGGGCCAGGUGGUCGCUGAACCACCGCUAAAGUUCCCUGAAACCCGUAGUCUAUUCUCACAGGCUUUGGACAAUCUGGAAACCGAAAUUGUACAAGCAAAGUCUGUCUUUCAACGCGAUAUCACCCGCCUACAGACAGACACCACCCAAACUGUGACCCAGCCAGAGCCAGUCCAGCCCCAGACCAAGUCACCCCUCUUAAUAGAUGCUGAAUCUUCGCCACCAGCCAUCAAACAAGAUGUCGACAUGUCUAAUCAAAAUGUCAAUAACAAGGCUGUGGCCCCUUUUCCGGAUAUGGGUAUGGACUCUAUUGAGCCAAAGACCGAGGAGAUCAAGGAUGAGCCGAAGCAACAGUCUGAAUCUCAAGCGAAAUUUGAGGCUCCCCCAGUUGCUCCCAUGUCAGCAGAGAACCAACUCGAGUGGACUGUCUCGAACCCCGGCGAGGCUAAGCCUGAGAAGACCGAGGAACCCACCAUGGGCGAACCGACGCCUGCUGACUCUGCAGCAUUCACAAACAUGGAAUUCACAUUGGUGCCAACAGACAGUGGCCCGCAGGGAAGCAACAAUGGGCAAUCCCAGGGCAACGAUGGAAGCACAGGACCGAACGCCUUGGACGGGAUCAACUUUGGGGAUUUUAUGCCACCAAACGAGCCGGCAAACAAUAACAGACAGCCAGCCUUCGAUAUAAAUACGGUCACGCAGGGGGGUAACGAAGCAAACAACGCCACGGAGACCUCGGCGCUGGAUGACUUUGACUUCUCUACUACUGGCCCCGCACCCGAUAUGACCUGGGACGGCGAUGGGCUGGAUUUCGACUUCAACACUGAGGAUAACACGUUCAACGACCUCAUGGACAGCCAUGAAGCUAAUUACGACGGUGGCCAGUCAAACGGAUAUAGCAUUGAAGGGCAGAACGAUACAUUUCAUGCCGACUUCCUGGACAUGGAGUCAUCCAACGGGUUUUAG